UUGACUGAGAUUUUGUUGGUCUCCCAACAUAAUCAUAAUUUCAUACUACUACGCUCCUGACGUCAAAAUGCAGCUGCAGCCAAAAUGACCUAUAAAUAUCCCCGCCAUAAAAAAAACCCUUAUAAAUGAGACAGGCUGCACGCAUCAUCUCUCAUCAAUUUGUGAUAUGCCUCUCUCAGCAGCUUCCAUCAACCGUGCAUCCUACCAAGUUCUCCUCCUCCUCGCCGCCGCCGCCGUGUCCACCACGGGCGGCGACGGCAACACGGCGCCCGGCAAUGCCACCGCCACGGCGACGACUGGCGGCGACGACACGGAGAUGUACAUCUGCUACCUCUGCACCGGGCGCAACCCGAUCCUGAUCAGGAGGUGCCCCAUCUACUGGGACUACUGCCACCUCAACUGCUUUGACGACGCGCCCUCCACCGCCGCCGCCGCCGACGACGUCGCCGCCGUUCCCGUGGCCUCGCCGGCGGCGCCUGCGCGACGGGUGGGCGGCGUCCCGCGCGAGACCCUCGAGGACGAGGAGUGCUACGUCAUGAAGCUGUACGAGAACGGCAGCUACGUCAUCGUGACCACGCUGGGCUGCUCCCAGACCGCCUCGUGCCUCCUCUCCUGCGGCGGCGGCGACCUCGCAGCCGACGGCGAAGAAGCCCUGGCGGCGGCGCACCCGGCCGGCGCCGUCGGCGUCUCGCCGCCGGUGAGAGCGACGGCUCCCCGCGGCAUGCCGCCGCCCCGCGUCGCCGAUUUCCAGCGGUGCGGCUCACAGGCGAUGACCGCUACUCCGGCAACGAGGGCCAUCACCGGCGGCGUGUAGCGACCGCUUUCGGCUCCGAUGGACGACGUUCGUGCACAUUAAUUCGUCUUCACAUGAUAAAAAAAAAAAGAACAGUGCAGCAAUUGUAAGAUAGACAUAAGAAUUUGCAGGAAUUCCAAAGGAAUCAUUUCAAAUUAUCGUUUCUCCCGUGUUAAUAAUAAUAGAAAAGUAAAUUCAAACAGGGACGACUAAGGUGAAGAACGUCAAUGUAAGCUGGCAAAAUCAACAU